GGUCGCCGAGGACAUGUACGAACACAUUGACCAGCUGCAGAACAAAGUGCUGGAGGUCAAAGGUCAAGUUCAGGAGCAGACCUUCCUGCCUCCCCCAGGAAGCAGCGCCGUUCUGGAGGACGCCGCCGGCAGCGUGGCGUGUGAGGGUGACAGGAAGUGGCUCCAUACGUUGGAGUCAGUGGUGAUCAUGUGGGCAGAGCAGGUGUGUGAGCUGCUGCAGCAGGACUGGGCUCAGGACGUCCAGGACAGACACAAGCUGCUUCCACAGGACGAGUUUGACUUCUGGAAGAAGAGGCUGCUGAACCUGCAGGGUGUCCACACACAGCUGAUGAACCCCAAAGCAAUCAAAUUGUCCUUGAUACUGGAGAAGACAGAGAGCAUGUACUGGCCGAUCCUGAGGAGCACCUGCAGGAACGUGGAGGAAGGGCUGAGGGAGGCAGAGGACAUCGUGCUGCACAUGGAGCCUCUGCAGAAGAUCCUGCAGGACAUCGAGCACAUGGACUACAGCCAGGUGAGGGGCAGCAUGGUGGCGCUGCUGGACGCUGUGUCUGAGCUGUGGAGCCGCUCUCAGUUCUACUGCCGGCCUCGCAGGAUGGUCACCCUGCUGCAGGAGCUCUGCAACAACUUCAUCAGCAUGACCAGGAGGUUCCUGCGUGCAGAGGAGCUGCUGCAGGGCCUGACAGGAGAGCCGAGCCAGACUCUGUCCAACAUCAGGCUGAGCAUCCAGACCCUGCAGGAGCUGCACGUCUCCUACAGCCUCAGCAAGGUGCAGCCACUGGGGGGCAGCACUGAGCUACACAGCCUGCAGGAUGGAAACACCAGGUGGGACUUCCCCUCUCAGCUGAUCUUCUACCAGCUGGACGCCUUCCUGGACCGCCUGCACACCACUGAAGAAGUGUACUGUGUGUGUGUGGAGCUCUAUCAGCUGGAGGGGGUGGAGCUACCAGGCAGUGGAGGCGGAGCCAUGACAAACACCUUGUUGUCUGUGUAUGAUGAGUUCCUGCAGAGUGUUAAAGUCCUGGCUGAGAGCAAAUGUGACGCCACCAGCCCACAGGAUCAGGGCUUCCUGCAGAGUCUCAGGACGUUCUGGCUGCACGUUAGAAGCUGUGAGAUCCAGCUGGGCUCCGUCCUGUGCAGAGCUGUGGACGCCUGCGCCGCCGCCGACACUGCAGUCAAGGUGUUGCAGAUGUUUGGCUUCCUUCUGGCCCGGCCGUUGGUCCAGGAGCAGCUGAGGCCGGCGCUGGGCCGCCUGGUGCAGAUGCUGAGCGGCGAGCUGGACCGAGCCCAGCUGCUGCUGCAGGAUGCCACAGGAAGUGCCGGGAAGAACACGCCCCCCGCCGCCGGGCGGCUGCACCGUGCCCACCAGCUCAGACAGAGGGUGGAGCUGACCAUGAAGAACUUCAGGGCCAUACAACACCUGUGUCUGGACUCACCUGAGGUCAAGCUGCUGCAGCAGAGGCACGGCGGCGUGUUGGCGGCGCUGCGUCAGCACCGUGCCGCCGUGCACGCAGACUGGAGCCGGCAGGCCGAGGCAGACUGUCAGGACGUCCUGCAGCAGCCUGUGAUCAGUCCGCAGACGGGACGGGUCGCUGAGGGUCAACGUCCCCCUGCAGCUGGUGGCGCUGCUGAGGGACGGGAGCUGCCUGAGUCUCCCUGCCACAGCCGCCCAGCUGCUCCCCCACAGCGCCACCAUCAGGAGGGACGUCCUGCACCUGGAGCUGCUGGUGUCCUGCUACAACCAGGUUCGGCUGUCAGAGCCGGUGGAGACGGAGCUGAUCCAGGAGCAGCUGGACAGCACAGACCUGCAGAUCACAGAGCUGCUGCACCUCACCUGGAGCAGCCAGGGCUCCCAGCUGAUCCAGCAGACCACAGAGCGACUGUGUGACUUCCACAGCAGACUGAGCCGGGCCAGAGCCAACAUGGCCGCCAUGACACACAUCAUCCAGGGCUUGCCUGAUGUGCUGCUGUUUGAGCACUCAGACAAAGAGGCGGAGCUUCUGCUGGGUGAGGAGGGCAGAGCGCACAUCGCCACAUCAGGGGAGGAGCUACACAGAUUAACACAGGUAACUGAAGGAGGAGGAGCUACACAGAUUAACACAGGUAACUGAAGGAGGAGGAGCUCAGAUUAACACAGGUAACUGAAAGAGGAGGAGCUCAGAUUAACACAGGUAACUGAAGGAGGAGGAGCUCAGAUUAACACAGGUAAGUGAAGGAGGAGGAGCUACACAGAUUAACACAGGUAACUGAAGGAGGAGGAGCUACACAG